AUGGUCAUGUACCAUGAAGCUUCAAAGAUUGUGAAGCCAAAGAUGGACUACCUCAAGGUUCAAGAAGCAAAACUGGACAAAGCGCGUGCGGAGUUGGCAGAAGCUGAAGCGGAGCUUCAUAAGGUGCAAAGUGAAGUAGCUGAGUUGGAUCGGCAGCUGCAAGCAGCUUUCCAUGCAAAGGCAGAAUUGGAGGCACUGAUUUUCCACGGACUCCUGGGAAAAGUUUAG